GCCGGGUCCAGACGAGUGUAACGUGUAAUGUAAGAUUACGUGUAAUUUAGUAUCAACAGUGUGGACGGCACACGAACUAAAGCGAAUUGUGAACGCGAAAAUAUUUCAAAAGCUGUUUCCACUCAGUUGCUACGAACAUGCCGAAUAGGAAGGUCGUGAUAGCUGGUGCGGCUUUUAUUUUCAUGUAUUUACUAACUGAAGACCGCAAAAGUCGGAAGCGUCGAUGGUGGAAAACUAAUUUGUAUAAAAGAAGAUCUUCUUUACUUGUGGAACUAAAAUCUCAACAUAUAAGUGGUCAAUAUAAAAACUUUACCCGGAUGUCGCCUACUGACUUCGAAUAUUUGUUAACAAUCAUUGCGCCUAAAAUAUCAAGACAAGACACUAUAAUGAGAUCUGCAAUUUCGCCGCAAGAUAGACUGGCUCUAACACUAAGAUUUUUGGCAACAGGAGAUUCAUUUACAAGCCUUCAAUACACCUUCAGAAUUUCAAAACAGUCAAUGUCUUGCAUUGUACCAGAAGUUUGUGAAGCGAUUAUAAAAGCAUUGAAAGAAAACAUUAAGCUGCCAAAAACAGAGUCAGAAUGGAUCCAGAUCUCAAACAGAUUUGAUGAAUUGUGGAAUUUUCCCCAUUGUGCCGGAGCCAUGGACGGUAAACAUGUCAUUCUCGAGGCUCCGGUACAUAGUGGCACAGAAUAUCGUAACUACAAAUCUAAUUUCAGUAUAGUGAUGUUUGCUUUAGUAGACGCGGAAUAUAAUUAUAAAUUUCUGGAUGUCGGAUGUCAAGGCCGCAUUUCAGAUGGUGGAAUUUUUAAGGAAACUGAAUUAUAUAAAAAACUAGAAAAUAAUUCGUUAAGAUUGCCUGCACCUGAAGCACUGCAAGGUAGAAACAAAGUAGUACCAUAUGUUUUUGUAGGAGACUCUGCCUUCCCUUUACAAAACAAUAUAAUGAAACCCUAUCCAGGAGAAUACCCCAAGGGAUCGCCGCGAAGAAUUUUUAAUUACCGGUUAAGCAGAGCUCGCAGGAUUGUAGAAAAUGUAUUUGGUAUCACAGCAUCUGUGUUCAGAGUUCUACGAAAACCUAUGCUCCUUCAGCCCAAAACCGUGGAGACUAUAGUCAUGGCUAUUGCACACUUGCAUAAUUUUUUGAGAAACACGGAUUCAUCUAAAAACUUGUAUGCACCCCCUGGCUCACUUGACAGCGACCAAAACGGAAGAUUAUGUGAAGGUAGUUGGCGGAGAGAUUGUGAAAUGUCAUCUUUACUUCCAUUGAAUAAUGUACCUAGAAGAGCUGCCUCAACGGCAAAACAAAUUAGGGAUGAGUUUAAUGACUAUUUUAUGAACGAGGGUACAGUUUCUUGGCAGAAUACAUAUUGUUAAGUUUUUUUUAUCAAGUCGAAGGAAACUAGUUCAAUGCAGUUACCUCUGUGUUGCGUCGUUUCCUUGGAUUAUUUCGAUCUCCUAAAAAUGCCAGCGCCUCGUAAGCAAACCAUGUACUUUUGUACGUUUCAUCCCCACCUGUAAAAUAAAUUACAAUAAAUAAACAAUACAAUAGAAUAUAGUACAUAUAUGUAUAGUAAAAUAUAGUAGAAUAUAGUAAUAUAGUGGGUAUACAAUAGAAGUAAUAAUUGUACUAAUAGCAAGUAAGUGAUAAUACCGUAAAAACUAAAUUAAUAAAUAAAAGUGUGUAAUAUGUAAAGCAACAUAAAUUUAUAAUAAAACAUACCUUUUCCGGAACUAUGGCUCUUCUUUACUUUUCCUUUUUCUCUUCGAUGUGAAGCAAGCAAACUAAUCAUUUUGUUUUUGCAUUCUUCUACAUCUCUUUCCAAUGAAUGAGCAAUAUCACUCCAAGCAUCGUGUUUCAGAUUUUUUUUAUAGUAUUGCGGGUUUUUUGGAUCCCAAAUAACAGGUUUUUUUUGAUACAAACUAAUAAGUUCAAGCGAUUGUUCGUCACUCCACAUCAUGAACGUACAUACGACACAACCGUCACGAACGCCGUCCAAACGAGCACUGCGAGCGUCUUUG